UAUAUGUAGUAUAGACUUGACCGUGAUUCGCGUCAGUCGUUUUGUGAUCACAGAGGUGUGUUAAACAUGAAGACGGCUGUGUUUGUUUUUGUUUGUUUUUUGGGACAUGUGUUGUCAUGGGGACGCGGUGACUUGGAGAAAUAUGGCCCGUUUCAGCUGGCGCUACGAUCGAAAUUGAUUAAAUGCGAACAUGACAGAACACUUAACUUAGAUGUCAGUGAAAUAGAUGUAUAUUUCUAUGAUUUCCCGAGAAAUGAUGUUGAAACUUUUACAAUUGACAACGCAGCAAAGGGAAUACUUUCAUUGAAUGAACUAGAUAAAACGAAAAGAUUCAUAAUUUUUGUCGGUGGCUACAAAUCCCACAUCAACAAAAGAACCGAGGAACGAGUCAGGGAUACAUUCAGGAAUUAUCCAAACAGCUACUUAAUUAUUCUUGACCAUUCUCCUUACACAAAUGACAGACAAGGUCAGAUCAAAAGUUACGAAAGAUCCGUCAAAUACGUCUAUUAUAUUGGUAAAGGAUUGGCUCAAAUGUUGACGGGUUUGAAGGAAGGUGGAAUAUCUCCUAAGAAUAUUCACUGUAUUGGUCACAGUUUGGGUGCUCAAAUAUUGGGUCAAGCUGGCGAAAUAUUCUACAAAAAUACCGGUACCAAGAUUUCUAGAAUUACUGCAUUGGAUCCGGCUGGACCUUGCUUUUCAAAUAGCUUAACCCAAGAACAGGUCAGAUCUGGUGUAGCAGAUUACGUUGAAGUUUACCAUUGUAAUGCCGGAGGCUUGGGAACGACCAGUGUUUUGGGUGAUAUAGAUUUCUUUAUCAAUAAAAAAGGUCAGAGUCAGCCGAACUGUGGGACUCCAUUAAUACCAGGUAUUUUCGAUUCAACGAAAGCUGCUAAAUGCAAUCAUAGGGCAUGUGUUGAUAUUUGGACGGCAACAGUUCAUAAUCCGAAUUGGUUUUUGGCGUGGAAGUGUGAUACGUAUAAAUCGUUCAAAAAAGGACACUGUUCCACAAAUGAUGUUACUAUCGCCGGUUUCUGGAACCCUGGUAACGCGACUGGCGUUUAUUAUUUUUCUACUGAUGGUUAUGAUAUAGUUUAAAAAACUGUAAUAAAAUAAAUGUUAAUUAUUUAUUUGUAACUAAAAUGUGCCUUUUUAUUUCGACAAUUCUUUAACUACAGUAAUAAAAUUAUAUUUUAUGAAAUAAAAAAAUCAGUUAAUGAGAAA